AGAAGAGCAUGGACCCAACAACACGGGAAUAUUUACCUCUUCAUGAAAAAACAUUCAUUGGUGAUUAACGUACUUCCAUCAACAACAACUUUAAUCCAACCAGUUCAUCGAUCCAUAUUGUACGAAUCGAAUGUAAAAGACGAAUUUUACCUGCUGAUAACAAUUGAUCGCUUAUGUCUUACACUUAUGUCUUAACUAAUCGGGAUAUCUGUUAUACUUAACAGAUAUUUAUAAAUUUAAGUAUCAGAUAUAAGUUGUGGUGUUCAAUACUUUCGCAUACAGCGAACGACGGCGAUCGGUAGAUCAUUCUCAGGAAACCGGGUAGCUAUAGUAAAUGAGGUAACGAUUGUUAUAGAUAAUCUCCAACUGUUAAAUAAAUUUGUGUCCGGAAAAGUUAGCGAGGUGCAGUGCUCGGAGUUGCUAAUUAAAAUCCUGUUGACUGAACGAAAAAGAAGGAUCACCAUAAAAUAGACGCAUUCGCAUCUGAUAACUUUAACAGUUCGCCAUGUCUCGCGUAUACGUUGCGGACGACAAAAAAGGUGUAACGGACAAAGUAACGUCACUUUUCGAGGAAGCAUUAACUAAGCCACGCACAGGGGCUGAAGGGUUUUUCACUGUGGGGCUAUCCGGUGGGAGUGCUGUUGCCAUCACCAUACAUGUCCUCAAGCAGUUACGAAUUGACGAUUUUCAAAAAUGGCGCUUCUUUUUUUGCGACGAGCGCGUGGUCCCUUUCGAUCACCCAGAGUCGACGUUCGGAGCUUUUCGAUCGCUAAUUACUUCUGUCCCUGGCUUGUCCGAGGCUUUCUUUGUUCCUAUAAACCCUGUUCUACCUCUAGAAGACUGUGAACGGGACUACACGUUAAGAUUGAAGCAGUUCUUCCCUGGUAGGAAAUUGCCUGACUUGGACGUUUGCGUAUUGGGUAUGGGCCCAGAUGGUCACACCUGCUCACUCUUUCCCCACCAUGAUCUUUUAGCAGAAUCAAAACGGUGGGUGGCUGCUAUCGCGGACUCGCCUAAACCACCAUUGCAGAGAGUCACCUUUACGUUGCCGGUUCUCAAUGCAGCCAAAAAUGUAAUUUUCAUUGUAACCGGUGAGUCAAAGGCAGCGGCUCUCCGCGCCAUCCUUUCGGGUCUACCUGAUAAUCCCGCGCUUCCGGCUUCGUUAGUCCAUCCCAAUCCCGGCGUCCUGCAUUGGGUCUGCGACAAACCUGCGGCUGCUGCUUACAUGAAAGAACUUCUCUAGACAACGAUUAGAGGCACUGCUUUUCUAGGUGAUGUGACUGGCCUCAAUUUUGGAAGCAUUUUUUCAAUUAUCUUCAAUCUCUAAGAUAUAGAUGAUCCUAAAACGUGUUUUGUGGUAAAUCCACAACCGCUCUAACAGGUGUAUGUUGCUUGUAAGAAAUACAGUGUCGUUUAGAAAUAGCGACUUGAAGCAGGCUAACUAUUAAAAAAUUAAGAACUCAAAAUGUGAUAAUAUUCUUAACUGAUAAUCAAUCAAAUUUCCAUGCGAUAUUCGAACGACGUCUCUUGUUUUCCUAAUGCUAAAAAAUGCUUAGCAGUAGAAUAUUGGUUUUUUAGGACUUGAAAUGAAGUCUAAAAGGUAGAUAUGGUGAGGCGUCGCAGUUCAUUGCAAGAUAGUCAAAUAACAGCCAGAUACUGGGAGAUGAAUCUACCUUCUUACGAUAAACAAAUGAUUAAAUACGUUUUCUUACGAUAUAUUUAUAUGCAUAUAUGUUGGUCCGUUUUAAUCACAAUUAGUCGUGUCAUUUUGACACUUGGUCUUUUUUUUUUUACCAAAACGGGAUCGCAAAUUACGUGUAAUGACAGCGAUGGUCUUUGGUAUAACAGUGGUUGGCUAUAUAUAUUGUGAGAGAUCCACUUCCAGCUAUAAAACCUAGCAGUUUCUGGAAGAACGUAUUGGGCUAAUAUGAGUUUGGCAACCAAUGUAAAGUUACCUCCCUGGAAAAAACAGUACGUCAUUAUAACACAAAAAGAUUAAGCAAGUAUUUAGGAAAUAGUUUCUGGAUGCUUUUUAUUUUUAGAAAACGAAGACGUCGAUUGUGACGUUAGGUACGUCGUGCUGGCAUCGUAGCCUGUUAAGGAGAGUGUAGUCAGUACCAGGAAGCCUAAGGAAUCAUGUUGACUUGGCUGUGCGGGGAUACUAUAAAUGUAGCCCUAAAUUUUUUUAUCAGCUCGCUUUUUCUGCGUUCUGAGCCUUACGAUUAAAUUCUUAUACAAAAGUGAGUCGCAUACAAUAUAUUCUAUAUUAAUUUCUUCAAAAUUAUAGUAAUUUAAUUUUAAUAACACGAUCUUUGGCUUCUAGAAAUAUAAUAUAAUAGCGGAAAAAUUGUUGCCUUCACGUGAAUUAUUCUUAAACGUUUCCGAGUUGUAACUGAAUUUAUCAAUUAUGUGGUACCUACUCCAUUGUGUAUAUGAAUGCAUAAGAUAGAGUCAAAUAUUUCCGAGAGAACAAUUGUCUCACAAGACUACAAUGAUUUCUGCUAAACGUGCAAGCAAUUAGUGGCUAAAUUAUGGUGACGACAGCAUUGUGACAUGCACCUUAUUUUCUCUAUUUGCCGUAUCAAAGCUUCGGUAUAUUUGUAGAAGCACACAAAACAGGUAAAAUAGAGAUUUACAAUUGUGCAGGUAGUUGUUGCUCUUGGCCUGUUUUGUAGUCGAUAAACAACGUUGAUUAAGUUUCUACUAAACUUCACUAUAAGCACACCUCAUAAUUUCAAAUUUGUUCCUCUCCUAAGUAUCAAAGGGCCGGGAGACAAUUUAUUUGUAUUUAGCUCAAGUUAAGCUAUUCAUUUAUUGCUAUAUAUAAUUUUCUUAUGUUUUUUAGUGAACCACUGCUGUGUUGGCUGAUACGAGAUAAUUAGUAACGAUAAUAUGGACUGCUCAUCUUACUAUAAAGUGGCGAGAGGUAUAUUUUUUUAGAAUGCUUCAAGUGGCCUUACGGGUUAAAGCGAUAUCCGAACACAAUCCGCUUCCUCGUACACGAGAUGUGAUAAUAAAAACAAAAUACAACAACUUUUACUGAUAAUGAUAAGAACAUGUAAGCACAUGACACGAAGAUGAUAACCAUGAUGGAUAAUAAACUAUAUAUAUAUAUUUUCACGUUG